AUGGAUAACGUGGAGUACCUCGAUCCAGACUUUGACCCCCACAAGGUGACUGUGCCGCGUCUGAGAUCGAUUCUCGUUGACAGACAAAUUGAGUACCCGUCCAGCGCGAAGAAAUCUGAGCUGAUCCAGUUGUAUGAAGAGUAUAUUCGCCCUAACGCGGCCAAGUGGCUCGAAGACUACAAGAGAAGUAUCGAAAAUAGCGUCGAGAUAGACGAGGCCAACACUUCGUCUAAGCGAAGCGCGAAAAGCUCCAGAAACUCGACUCCCGACAAAAGAUCGCGCAAAAGUCUGAGCCCUGCUCCAGACCAGACUGUCCCGCAAAAACGAGGUUCCGAGGCGGCCACUCCUAAAAGGAAGAAGCUGCAUAGGAAGAACAGAAACACGGAAGAGAACGCCGUCUCCGACGAUGCUGAGUCGCCAACCGUCAGCAGAAUGGAGGAAGGAAAGCCAACUAACUCCAUGAAGUCGCCACUGUCUUUGGAGAAGUUUGAGUCUGAAAGCCCGGUUGAGGAGGGUGACAUUUCUGAUAUCCUUGCGAGACUUGUGAGUCCUAAAAAGGAGCAGCCAAAACUCGAGAAGACUGAAAACGAGAUGGAGAACACGUUCGAGGCAGUCGAAGAUGUUCAGGUUCCGUCUUUUCUUGACGAAAUGCUGGCGGGACCUGAUAGGAUUCUGGACGACGAGAGUGGAGAUGAUGAGCGCACGAUAGCGAGCGCUGCAAAAACGAUGCGAAAGGAAUCAAUCUCGGAUGCUGACAGCUCGGACACCGAAGUGGAGGAAGCAGAGGUCAAGGUGCGGCAGAGCGAGGUGUGCGAGGUUGUGCAAGCUGAUGACCAACAGCAAACAGAGAUGGUAGAGACAGAGACGAUAGAGGAGACCAUCACUGUGACCGAGUCUCCUGGCGAGAUAGAGUCAAAGCCUGCUCAAAAAUGGCAUUACAAGUAUGCACUUUUAUUGCUACCAAUUUUGUCGUCGCUUUUUUUCUACCGCUCGAUGGCCGUUGACGUUGGAUUUUGUGGUCGGGAAGGCGAGAUAAGGAGUGUACGGUCGUACACGCCUACAGAAAGUCCAUUGUUGACGCAGCUCGCAAAUAAAGCCGAUGCGUUUUUGGAGCAGCUCAAACCGCGCUGCGUUCCGUGUCCGGAGCACGCAAUCUGCAAAUACGACUCGAAGCUGGAGUGCAAGAGCGGGUACACUGUUUCAAGACCGUGGCAGUCGCUGUUAGGUCUAAUUCCUCGGAUGGAGCAAUGCGUCUAUGACGAGAAACGUCUCGAGAAGAUCAAGUUAAUGACCGACUUUACGCUGGAUAUUCUGCGCCGCAAGAACGGCAAAGAGAUGACACUGGAGGAGCUGCACAACUUUCUCAAGGCCACGAAGUCGGCCGGCAUGGCUGACGAGGACUUUGAGGAGUACUGGCUCCGGUUCGUGACGGAGGAGAUCUCGAAAGAGCCGGAGAUCAAGGUGGACUUUACCACGAGCUCGAUCUCGAUCGAGAACAAGAUCCCCACGCAGUUCCUCACACGGACGCCAGGGGCCAGACGGGCUAAGAAGUCGAAGCUUUUCCAGCGGUAUCCGCUUCCGACGUCGACCUUUGGCGGGUUUUCUGCGUAUGGUAAUUAA